UGGCCUGAGCGGCACCAGGAGACUGAAGGAAGCAGCACAGAGGAAGGACGGACGGGGGACACCUGGCUUCACUGACACCAUGGACAGCUCCUGCUAGCUAAGACACCUCUUCACACUUGCCAUCUGUGGCCGGCUCACCCCCUUCCCGUCAGACUGGGACUCCACACCCCAAUUCUCCAAGGAGCAUCAAAUUAUAUCCUUGUUCCGGUGUUGGGAUCUCAACCCUCUUGACAUGUCUCUUCUGGAAGGCCAAGUGGGGGUGGAGGACCUUGUCCUCCUGGAACCCCUGGAUGAGGAUUCUCUGAUCAAGAACCUCCGGCUCCGUUAUGAAGAAAAGGAGAUUUAUACCUACAUUGGGAGUGUGGUGAUCUCAGUGAAUCCCUACCAGUCACUUCCCAUUUAUGGCCCAGAGUUCAUCGCCAAAUACCGGGACUCCACUUUCUAUGAGCUGAAACCCCACAUCUAUGCUUUGGCCAAUAUGGCCUACCAGUCACUGAAGGAUCGGGACCUGGACCAGUGUAUCCUCAUCACAGGCGAGAGUGGAGCCGGGAAGACAGAGGCGAGUAAGCUGGUGAUGUCCUACGUGGCUGCCGUAUGUGGAAAAGGAGAUGAGGUGAACGUUGUGAAGGAGCAGCUGCUGCAGUCAAACCCAGUGCUGGAGGCAUUUGGCAAUGCCAAGACCAUCCGCAAUGACAACUCCUCUCGAUUCGGAAAAUACAUGGAUAUUGAGUUUGACUUCAAAGGAUCCCCCCUUGGCGGUGUCAUCACCAACUAUCUGCUGGAGAAAUCCCGAGUAGUGAAGCAGCUCAAAGGAGAAAGGAACUUCCACAUCUUCUACCAGCUGCUGGCUGGAGCAGACCCACAGUUGCUAAAGGCCCUGAAGCUUGAGCAGGAUGCAAGUAGCUAUACCUAUCUGAACGGGGCAGUGUCCCAAGUGAAUGGCAUGGACGAUGCCUCCAACUUCAGGGCUUUACAGAGUGCCAUGUCAGUGAUCGGGUUCUCGGAGGAUGAGAUCAGACAAGUCCUGGAGGUGACAGCGCUGGUGCUGAAGCUGGGAAACGUGAAGCUGACAGACGAGUUCCAGGCCAAUGGGAUACCAGCAAGUGGCAUCUCUGAUGGGAAAGGGGUUCGGGAGAUUGGGGAGUUGAUGGGUUUGAAUUCGGUGGAACUAGAGAGAGCUUUGUGUUCAAGAACCAUGGAGACAGCCAAAGAAAAGGUGGUCACAGUUCUGAAUGUCACGCAGGCUCAAUACGCUCGGGAUGCCCUGGCUAAGAAUGUCUACAGCCGCCUCUUCGACUGGAUAGUGGGCCGCAUCAAUGAGAGCAUCAAGGUGAGCACUGAGGAGAAGAGGAAGGUUAUGGGAGUUCUGGAUAUCUACGGAUUUGAGAUUCUGGAGGAUAACAGUUUUGAGCAGUUCGUGAUCAACUACUGCAACGAGAAGCUGCAGCAGGUGUUCAUAGAGCUGACCUUGAAGGAGGAACAAGAGGAGUACAAGAGAGAGGGCAUACCGUGGACCAAGGUGGACUACUUUGACAAUGGCAUCAUCUGUAACCUCAUUGAGCAUAGUCAGCGAGGCAUCCUGGCCAUGCUGGAUGAGGAGUGCCUGAGGCCUGGGGUGGUCAGCGACUCCACUUUCCUGGCAAAGCUGAACCAGCUCUUCUCGAAGCACAGUCACUAUGAGAGCAAAGUCACUCAGAAUGCCCAGCGCCAGUACGACCAUUCCAUGGGGCUCAGCUGCUUCCGCAUCUCCCACUAUGCGGGCAAGGUGACUUACAACGUGAACGGCUUCAUCGACAAGAAUAACGACCUGCUCUUCCGAGACCUAUCCCAGACCAUGUGGAAGGCCCAGCAUCCUCUCCUUCGGUCCUUGUUCCCAGAGGGUAAUCCCAAGGAAGCGUCUCGCAAACGUCCCCCGACUGCUGGGUCACAGUUUAAGAAUUCUGUGGCCGUACUCAUGAAGAACCUGUACUCUAAGAACCCCAACUAUAUCAGGUGCAUAAAGCCCAACGACCUGCAACAGUACGGCAGGUUUUCCCCAGAGCUGGUUGUGGUCCAGGUUCGAUACCUGGGGCUGCUGGAGAAUGUUCGGGUGCGUAGGGCUGGCUAUGCCCACCGCCAACUCUACAGGCCUUUCUUUGAAAGGUACCGACUGCUGAGCAGGAGCACCUGGCCUCACUGGAAUGGGGGAGACCGGGAAGGUGUGGAGAAGGUCCUGGAGUCUGUGGCUGUGUCCUCAGAGGAGCUGGCCUAUGGGAAGACAAAGAUCUUUAUCAGAAGUCCCAAGACUCUUUUCUACUUGGAGGAACAAAGGCGCCUGAAGAUCCAGCAGCUGGCCACGCUCAUCCAGAAGGUGUACCGGGGCUGGCGCUGCCGGACGCACUACCAGCAGAUGCGCAAAAGUCAGAUCCUCAUCUCCGCUUGGUUCCGGGGCAACAAGCAAAGGAAGCAUUACGGGAAGAUAAAGGCCUCAACACUGUUGAUCCAGGCUUUCGUGAGAGGGUGGAAGGCCCGCAAGAAUUAUCGAAAAUACUUCCGGUCAGGCGCUGCCCGCACCUUGUCCAACUUUAUCUAUAAGAGCAUGGCACUGAAAUUUCUCUUGACUCUGAAGAAGAAUUUGCCAUCCACCAAAGUCUUGGAUGACACAUGGCCCCCUGCCCCUUAUAGGUACUUCAACAGGGCCAAUCAGGAGCUGAAGCGCAUCUUCCACCAGUGGAAGUGCAAGAAGUUCCGAGAUCAGCUGUCACCGAAGCAGGUGCAGAUGCUGAGGGAAAAGCUCUGUGCCAGCGAACUGUUAAAGAGCAAGAAGGCUUCCUACCCUCAGAGUGUCCCGAUUCCAUACCGUGGUGAUUACGUUGGGCUGCAGGGGAACCCCAAGCUGCAGAAACUGAAGGGUAAGGAGGAAGGGCCUGUUCUGAUGGCGGACACUGUGAAGAAGGUCAACCGUGGCAAUGGCAAGACAUCUGCCCGGAUUCUCCUCCUCACCAAGGGGCAUGUGAUUCUCACAGAUGCCAAGAAGUCCCAGGCCCAAAUUGUCGUUGGGCUGGAGAAUGUGGCUGGGGUGUCAGUCACCAGCUUCCGGGAUGGGCUCUUCAGUUUGCACCUGAGUGAGAUGUCAUCGGCAGACUCCAAGGGGGACAUCCUCUUGGUCAGUGACCAUGUGGUUGAACUGCUGGCAAAAAUGUACCAAGCUGUGCUGGAUGCCACGCAGAGGCAACUCUCUGUCACCGUGACUGAGAAGUUCUCAGUGAGGUUCAAGGACAGCAGUGUGGCUGUCAAGGUUAUCCAGGGUCCUGAGGGGGCUGGGAACAGCAAGCUGACUUUCAAGAAGAAAGGAAGUCAUGCCAUGGAGGUGACUGUGAGGUGAUUACAUUGGAGCCUCCUGGAGACACAGCUUCUCCCUCUGGACCAAAACUUUGGCCUAGCUCUUCUGAUCGUGAGAAGGGGCUUAGAGUUGAAGAACCCUUGAAAACGGCCUUUCUGUUCCUGGACCUUUCCAGAAUCCUUUCCCAAACAUAGCAUCCUCCCAGCGUCAGUCCGGACGUACACCCACUAAUAAAUCACGCGCUUCAGA